CGUCUCGUCACUUUCCAAUAGCGAGUCACAGUAGCGUCCAGUCUGCCCUGAAGAAGUAGCGCUGCUCAGAGGACGUUUUAUAACCUCUUGUCUUGCCAAGACUGCUAUGCAGCGGGGCAACAAGUGUUUUGCUUUCCCACUGAGAUAAACUGGUCGAGAGAAGAAGAAGGAGGGUAUGCUGCUCCAACUGACCAGCAGGAGCCCAAAUAGCACAGAACUAGCAGAGAAGAGCAACAGGAGACAUCACAGCUUCAAUAAUAAGACAGUCAUCGGCAGACCUCCAGAGGCUGGAGAAGAGGGAGCAAAGCGGGAUCACACAGCCCAGCGUGUUCUGCAGUACUAUGGGAAGGAAAGACAACGACUGUGGGUCCUGGAGAGGAGCAGGAAAUCACUUGUGUCUUUCUCUCUGAUGGUAGAUGGCGACGACCCCAAAAUAGACUUCCACACUGACGAAAAGGCUGGAAGCUUCGACCAGCGCCCACAAUGCACCACCUCAGAAACUGAUAACUCGCCCGUGGACAACUCGCUCCACCUUGAAUCUGCUUCUCUCGGUGACAGCGCCGUCGGUGCCGGUGAUGAUGAGGUGAAGAAGAGUCACAAGGGAGGCAGCUGUGAGGACGACGAAGAGGGCCACCUGGUCUAUGACGUCGGCCUUGUGAUGAAAGAGAGAUAUGAGGUGGUCUCUACACUGGGAGCAGGAGCCUUUGGAAAAGUGGUGGAGUGUAUUGAUAGAGACAACAGAGAUGAGCAUGUGGCUGUGAAGAUCGUGAGGAACAUCGAGUGUUUCCGAGAAGUAGCGAGGUCUGAGAUCGCAGUGCUGGACGAGAUCAACCACCUGGAUGAUGACAACAGAUUCGCCUGCGUCAGGAUGCUGGACUCGUUCGAGCACGAAGGCCACAUCUGCAUCGUGUUCGAGCUGCUCGGCCUCAGCACCUUCGACUUCCUGCAACAGAACGAGUUCCUGCCUUUCAGCGUGGAGCAGAUCAGACAGAUGGCCUUCCAGAUCUUCAGAGCCGUCUGCUUCCUGCAUCGUAACAAGCUGACGCACACAGACCUGAAGCCAGAGAACAUCCUGUUCGUGUCCUCCGACUACGACUACAAGUACAGCGAUGAGACGGAGAGGAAACUGAGGAGUCUGGAUGUAAAGGUGGUGGACUUUGGCACCGCCACGUUUGACCAUGAACACCAUGAAUCUCUGGUGUCAACACGCCACUACCGAGCUCCAGAGGUCAUACUGGAUCUGGGCUGGAACCAGUCAUGUGACGUUUGGAGUCUGGGCUGCGUUCUGAUGGAGUUUUACCUGGGACGCACACUCUUCGCGACUCACGACAGUAAAGAACAUCUGGCCAUGAUGGAGAAAAUCCUGGGACCGAUUCCUCCCCACCUGCUGAGAAAGACCAGGAAGCAGCAUUACGUGCACAACCAGCGUCUGAACUGGGACGAACAGAGCUCCACCAACGAUUACAUCAGGACACACUGUAAACCACUCAAGCAGUACAUGCAGAGGGAGAAAGAGGAGGAGCGGCAGCUGUUCGACCUGCUUGGCUGCAUGUUGGAGUACGACGUCUGCAGGCGGAUCACCCUGGAGGAGGCGCUGUGGCACCCGUUCUUCAGCCCACUGAGGACGCAGAGCCAUCAGCGCAGUUAGCACACACACACACACACACACACACGCAUAUUCAGCAUCUACCUCAGACUACCGUCAGAUUUCAGCAUUGUGAUUACUAAACUAUUUGGGUUUAUAAUUCUGUAUUGACGAUUGUUUGGUUGAUUGACAUAUACAGUCAUAAUAUCAGUUGUGGACAGCAGAGCAUUCCUGUUUAUUUCAAAUACAUUUGCAGUCUGCAUGUCAUUGUAAAAAGUCACUUUUAACGCAAAACAAUUCCAUGUGUUCCUUCAUUGAUUCUCAGUCACUUGUGUCAGAAGUUUGUUAAUAAAUAUUUUGCAUUUUGUUGUCUCAA